GCUUGGUGUCUCUGCUUUUUUUCUAGUUCUUUUCUAUAUUAUGUGUCACUUCACCUGAGAGCGAAGCUCUGUUAGCAAAAUAUGGCUUUUCCCUCGAUACAUAGAAUAUAUUUGUAUGUCCAAAUUGCAGUAUUUUUCAGACACACACAGAGAUAAAUGUGGCACUUUCAAAUCAGUUGUCUGUUAGAUUCCUAGAAAGCAACAUGUAUUAAAAUGUUCAAAUGUGUGAAUUGUGGGGUUAAUGGAGAAUAACAAGGUCUCUGAGGGCCACAUUCUGAAUCACAGUCUGAAAAUCAAUUUAUUAUUGAUAAGAAUAACCACAACACCACUUUUUAUAUAUUUUUAACAAGGUACAGUGAUAGGACACAGCCUUCCUGCAAAGCACAUCUAUUAUCUUUUGGAGGCCAUUCCCACGUGAAUUCAUACAGUUCUUAAGCUCAAUAAAAAGAAAAUAAAAAUGAUGAAAUAAAAAGCUUGCAGCUCAUAUACAUGGAUCAUUCCGGGACAUAUACUUUUCAGCACCACAAAUUUUAGAUUUUGUAUUCACUCUGAUCACUCUGUAUUAGUGAUCAUUGUGUGUUUUGUAAGAAAUCUAGGUUUAGGGAAGUAGCUGCAGUUUGAGGAAGUGAUUGCUGUCACUCUAAAAAUCCACUCUAUAGCUGUUGGUUCUCAUGGUACAACACACUAAAGGGAAACAAACAAGGGCAACGCACAUAUGCUUUAGUGUUCUUUAGCCUGACUUCACCAUGGCCAGAAGAUCUUUCAUAUACAUCAAUCCAGCUGUUAGGGCAGCACGUCUGCGUAGACGACACAGUGAUAAUUCAGAUUUAUUUGCAAUGAUUGAGCAGAUGCAGAACAGCAGAAUGGAUGAGCAGAGAUGCACACUUCCACCUCCUCUUAAAACAGAAGAAGAUUAUAUUCCAUAUCCAAGUGUUCAUGAGGUGCUGGGACGUAAACCCCCAUUUCCACUGAUUCUGUUGCCCCAGUUUGGUGGUUACUGGAUUGAGGGCACCAAUCAUGAGCUCAGUACCAUCCCAGCUGAGGAGGAGCCACCCCCAUGUCCAGCCUCCCAGAUUAAACUGGAGAGCAAUAGCAUAGCCAAAAUAUACAGGAAACAUUUCUUGGGCAAGGAGCACUUUAAUUAUUACUCUGUGGACACAGCGCUGGGACACCUUGUCUUUUCAGUGAAGUAUGACGUGAUUGGGGACCAAGAGCACCUCCGCUUACUGCUUAGGACCAAGUUUAAAACCUACCAUGAUGUGAUACCCAUUUCUUGCUUGACUGAGUUUCCCAACGUGAUACAAAUGGCAAAGCUUGUAUGUGAAGAAGUAAAUGUGGACAAAUUUUAUCCAGUCCUCUACCCGAAGGCUUCCAGACUCAUCGUAACCUUUGAUGAGCAUGUCCUACGCAACAACUUCAAGUUUGGAGUCAUCUAUCAGAAGCUUGGGCAGACAUCAGAAGAGGAGCUCUUUGGGAACAGUGAGGAGAGUCCAGCCUUUCUUGAGUUCCUUGAGUUUUUGGGGGAGAAGAUUGAGCUACAUGAUUUUAAAGGGUUUCGUGGGGGUCUUGACGUUACACAUGGCCAGACGGGAACUGAGUCAGUGUACCACAAGUUCCACAACAAGGAGAUUAUGUUCCAUGUGUCUACCAAACUACCCUACACUGAAGGAGACUCACAGCAGCUGCAGAGGAAGAGGCAUAUAGGAAAUGACAUUGUGGCUAUCGUGUUUCAAGAGGAAAACACACCGUUUGUUCCAGAUAUGAUUGCAUCCAAUUUUCUGCAUGCUUAUGUGGUGGUGCAAGUGGAGAAUGCCUGCACAGGCAAUGUCCUUUACAAGGUAUCAGUGACUUCAAGAAAUGAUGUGCCUUUCUUUGGGCCUGCUCUCCCAGACCCAGCCAUAUUCAGAAAAAGUUCAGAGUUCCAUGAGUUCCUCUUGACAAAACUCAUCAAUGCUGAGUAUUCCUGCUAUAAGGCUGAGAAGUUUGCUAAGCUGGAGGAGAGAACACGCUCUGCACUGCUGGAGACAUUGUAUGAGGAGCUGCAUGUGAACAGCCAGUGCAUGAUGGGAUUGGGAGGAGAAGAUGAAAAACUGGAGAAUGGAGGAGGAGGUGGAGGUGGUGGUUUCUUCGAGUCUUUUAAGAGAGUAAUUCGCAGUCGGAGUCAGUCAAUGGAUGCUAUGGGCCUGAGCAACAAGAAGCCCCACACUGUCUCUACCAGCCACAGCGGCAGCUUUACCCAUAAUCCCCCAGAUAUCCCAAAAACACCCGGCAUUUCUCUGAUCAUCCCCGGUAAGAGUCCGACACGAAAGAAAUCAGGUCCAUUUAGUUCCAGGAGGAGCAGUGCAAUUGGCAUUGAGAAUAUUCAGGAAGUCCAAGAGAGAAGCAGUAGAGAGGUGUCUCCCAGCACGCAAAAAAUGCCUGAUGGUGGCCAUGCCUUGUAUGAGCCCAAUACUGACUCUUCCAGUCACAGUUCACCUGAUAUACCUACUACCAGGACUAGUGCGGCUCUAUGUUGUAGAGCCCCGUCCAUUCCAGAGUCUCAUGAUCUGUCUAGGUCCUCGUCCAAUGCCAGCAGCUUCACAAGUGUGGUGGAGGAGAAUGACAAUGAGCCUGAGGCUACGGACGAUUAUGACACAGGACUGGAAAGCCUGUCUUCUGCUGGUACCCCUCACAAGCGGGACUCAUUCAGUAGCUGGUUGGAUGAAAGUCUAAGCAGCGUUAGCCAACGCAGCCAACCUGUCGUCUCUCGACAGCUGUCUGACCCCAUUCGACCCAGAACACAAAGACAGCACUCUGCUUCAAACUGCUAGGCUUUCUCCUCAGAUUACUUCAUGAAUGUCCAUCAGCAGUACUCCCAAAGGCAGCUCCUAAAGAAACUAAAGCCGGCUCCUAUAGAGACCCGCUGCAAAAGGAGAGCUGUCAGUCACAGGGCCUGUGGCCAAGAAUUCCUUGUUUUGAGGGCUUGCAUCGUUUUGUUUGCAUCAUGCGACUGAACAUGCUUUUCAGCAUGCCUUUGGGCCUAAGGAGGUUAUGAAGGUGCCAAUGGUAACAGCCUGAGGAGUGCAUUUUUAUGGUUAUUUGUCUGCCUGCAAUAACAGGAAAGGGUGUUAUGGCUUUAACCAGAAAUAUCAUACCUUUUGUGUCUAUUUUUCUGUUUCUAUCUGUCAGUCACUCAUUCUGUGAUUUCUGUGUGGCAUUAAGCGCAACACAGAGUACUGGUGGUUCUAAUUUUGUCUACUUCUUUGUUGGUGUGUAUUUAUUUAUUCAGAAUCAUAACAGCAGGCAGCCUGUCACUCACAGGGACACAGCGGCCUAGGGAAAACCACAUCCUAAAAAGAAUUAUUCAAAGAUUUAAACAGAACUGAACAUCCUUUUUUUGUGCUGCAAAACACCCAUGAAUGAACAGGUACAGCAGUGCAACAGAAUUGUGCAUAAGCUGUUCUCUUCGGUUUUUUAACAGCAGUACAUUUUGUAUUCUUUUCACCAGUUUUGUGAUUUUGUGAAUAUCUAUAAAUGUUAUUCGUUGUUAAAUGAAAUGACGUGAUGGAAUAUACAAACAAUUUACUAUAUUGUCAGGUGAGUAAUUGUUGCUAACAAGUAAUGCUAUGUAUAAUAAGUUAUAGUAUUUAUUUAAUUUUUAAAAAAGUAUUUAUGGGUGUUUUUAUGCACAUUAUACUUUUCACAACUUUGAUUUCUGCAGUAUUUGUAUUUGCAUUGGAGACAAGUUCAGACUUUGAGAUUGUGAUGGAUGUAGUGUGUAGUUGCACACACCUGACUCUUUUGUAACUGCAGAGCACUUGAGGUUCACUAUUCACUGUGCUGUCUACUGUGAGACGUUUUCAAGUUGCCUUCUAUAGCUUUAUGCUCUCUAUGUGAAAUCCUACUGCAUCCUGCAGAAGGCACCAAUGAAAUUUGAAUGUAAAUAAUAACGUGAUUGGGUAAAUAUAUGAUUUUCAGUAAAAGAAAAUGAUUAAACACAAUCAUAGUUAACGAAAUCCUCAAGCAGGUUUCAAUCUCUAUCUUCUCUAUUUAUGGUAUUUUCCCCAUACAGGGAAAUGUGACAGAAUUAUGUGGUAAUUGCACACCUGCUUCAUAUGCAGUCAAUAGAGAUGAGGUUGAAUUGUUUCUUUAAGAAAAUACAUUUUCAGCUAUGACUUCUAGAAGACUAGGAUUUGAUUCACAUUCACUUUAAUGCUGCUGUGAUUUGGUUAACUGUAAAAAAAAGUCACGUUUUUUUUUUUUUUUAAAUCAAGCAACUGUAUUUGUCUCAAAGAACAUUUUUUGUCUAUCAAAGUAUGUAACUUAUUGUUUGUACAGUGUAAAAAUAACAUUUUGAUUAAAUGUAAAUCUGCUCCAUUAUUACUAUUACCAGGUGAAAUUCAAGGUUUGUGUAAUGUUCACUUUCAGAUUUGUGUGUAUUACUGAACACCACUCAUUUGUGUUUGGAAGUGAAGUCACUUGUGUCUGUGCUGCAAGGAAAAUGCUUGAAUUUUCUCGACAUUUGGUGAAUCUUUCAAAGUGAAAAGUGUGCCCUCCAGUGCUAGAGUCUUGUUAGUACACUGCCGAUGUCAAGCUGCUUAUCAAACUGUUUUCAGAUUGCCGUGUUUUGCUUGCACAUAACCACAAGUUACCGUUUAGCACAAAUUCAUUUUCAACAGGCUGAUAUUACUUAAUAAAAAUUAUUGUCAGAUUUUCCUUUAAA